GGAGUACACUCGGACACACACGUACACACACUCUUCAUGCAUGGACAGCAUAUGGAUGUUGUGCAUGGAUCUCUGCUCUGACUUUCAGGAGGCAUAGGGACGUAUUAGAGGUGUGUUUGAGGUGUCUGUGAUGAUGGACAGGUGGCAGGGUUACACAUUUCCAGUCUGACCAGCAAUGGAGAGAAGGUGAUCCAGUUUCUGCACUCCUGGCAUGUAACACUUAAAGAUGGGGAAUUCAUACGCAGGACAGCUAAAGUCAUCUCGCUUCGAGGAGGCGUUACACAACUCCAUCGAGGCCUCACUACGCUCGAGCAAUGGAGAUCUCCAGCCCAUUUUCACCCAGCUUUAUCUGGAGCCGGAUCAGUACACCCCAAACCUGGAUGACAUUAAGUCGAAAAUGGACUUGAGUCUCAGGUCCGAUGGAGGUGGUCAUGGUGUCUUGGUGAACUGCCCGUCGUCCAGCGGCGUUGAUGACAUGGAUGAUGAUGAUGAAUCAGAGAGCAGCAGCCCUCCGCUUCCAUACCUGCAGGCCCCGGCUCCUGAUGGCUGCUGCACCAUGGAUGGGUUCUGUCAGGCUGGAAAGGACCUCCGUUUGGUUUCCAUGGCAACAGAGCCUAUCGACGUUCCGCCCGGAUUCGAGCUGGUUGGCGCGAAAUCUCCCAGCAUUCCCGAGCACAUCCUGGUGUGCGCUGUGGACAAGCGCUUCCUGCCAGACGAGAACGGGAAGAACGCACUUCUAGGGUUUUCGGGGAGCUGUGUGGGCUGCGGUGAGAAAGGUUUUCGCUACUUCACUGAAUUUUCCAACCACAUCAACCUGAAGCUGAGCACGCAGCCCAAAAAGCAGAAGCACUUAAAGUACCACCUGGUGAAGAACCCGCAGGGGGCGCUGUGUAAAGGCACAGUCAUCUGCUGGAAAGACUGUAAGACGAGGCAGUACUCCAGCGUGUCUUCAUCCAAACCCAGCUCAUCAUCCUCACUCAGCAGCAAAGAGAACGGAGGAGCCAACAGUCACAGCCCGUCCUCUUUCUCCCUUUCAGAUUCCCCUCCAACACGAGGGCAGUCCAGUUCAUCUCCAGGAAUUUUUGGGACUCCAGAAGUCACACGCGAAUGCAGCUUCCUAAAACCUUUGAGUACCACAACACACACCACUAAACCUUUACCUAUAGUACCCACUGCUUUGCGUGUUAAUGGCCUGACGAAUGGAUUAGGCAUGGAAAGCAGGCCCACUCUGCUAAGCCCCAGCCAUUCGAACCCGCUGGCCACGCCCACACAUGGCUACCGGCCAAUCAAACAAGGGGACAGUCCAGCAUCCUCUGCCAUGGCAUCAGGGCCUCCAAAAAAGCGUCAUCGUAGUUGGCACCCACCUCCAGUAAUGCCUGUUCCUGCCACUGCAGUCCCAGUUCCUGCAAUUCGUCCACAUCCAUGCGGUCCAGUCCCAGGUUCGCUGCUCUCCCUGACCAAUCAGGCAUCUAUGUCAGGAUCUGGUGUCAUACAGCCCCAGCCAAUCACAGCAGGAGAAACUGUGAUCGUUCCCGAUAACCUGCUGAACACCUGUGGCGUUCGACCCAUCAUCCUCAUUGGUCAAGGUGCUCUGCCGUAUUUCUUCGGCAAUGUGUGUGAUGUUGUGGUGAGCCCCCUGCUGGUCAGCUGCUAUAACUACAGCCAGCUGAGUGAGAAGAGCCCAGUGCCACUGGGAGUGUCACCAAGCCAAAUCCCGACCUCAGAGACACUCAUCCUGCUCACGCUGCAGUACCUCGCACGCCUUGGUUCGGAGCAGAUCCCAAUGCGUGAGGAGUUUGAGCAGAUUGUGCUCAAGGCUGCAGUGUGUGGGGCUGCCGUCCCCCCCAUCACUGCUGUCCAGCUGCCCUGGUUGGCACGAGUCGAGGCGAGUGUAUCAGGUGGAAGUGUUCAGGUUCUACUUGCUCAAAACUCUCUGGGUGAAGGAAUUGCUGAAACACUCCGCUCACUCAGUGAAAACACACACCUGCAACACCAACAAAUGCAACGGCUGCCCAACUACGUACUGAUCAUCCACACAUCGGCCACCACCGGAGCCUCUGAGUUCUGCGUCAUGGUGCUCGGUAAAUACCAGUCGAGAGCACUGGCUGAAGGAAUGCUUACCACAAACGAGUUUUUGAAGGAGAUCAGCUAUGAGCUCAUCACAGGGAAGGUGUCCGUCCUGGCUUCACACUUCAACAACACAUCACUAGGUGAUAAUCUGGAGAAAGAGUUGAUGCGUUACCAGCGAAGGAGGAAGCAGCAAGCCGAGCACAGUGACUCUGUUCAUUCCCAGGAAGAAACAGACAUAAAAGUUGACCCAGGGACAGAGACUCUGAGUGAGGUGUUUCAAAUUUACCCCCCGCAACUGACUGUGGCUCGAAGUCUCCUCUCCCUGGUAUGUGGCAUCGCAGACUCUAACAGCCAGAGCCUAGACUUGGGUCGAUUUUGCAAGGUCGACUUCCUAGUGCUUGUGCCUCCAUCAAACGUCCUUCUUCAUCAGACAGCAAGACGCAUCUGUCAGUCAGGUGUGCUGGUGGACCUGGGGAUGGAAGAUGCCUCUUCUGCCCAACAAAAGGCAGAUAAGUAUGUUGUACGUCUCGACAAUGAGGUGCACGCCAAAAUGGAGGUGUUCAUGAGAAAAGUAAAACAGAACCCAUACACACUCUUCGUCCUCAUCCACGACAACUCACACAUUGACCUGACCAGUGCCAUGUCUGGCUCGGUCUCUCAUGGUGAACUUCAAGGAUUGGCUGAUCGCGUGGUGAACUCGCAGGAGGUUUUAGAUGCUGAGAAUCUGCUGCUUCUUCAGGUCACUUCCUUCCCAUUCACCCUGCAGUCAUGCCACUCGCGCAUUAGCAUCCACAACGAAGUGCACUGGCCCAGCAACCACGGACCGGAGGCACUUUCUUCAAAAGACCUGAUGUAUUUUGGGUUAAAUGAGUACCAGCACUCAGUGCAGUGGGGUGUCUCCAGUCCCAUCCUGCACUGUGAUGAUGCCUUUGAGAGGAUGGUCAAUGCACUGCUCCAACGCCAUCCUCACCUGCACAGCAUGGUAAUCCGAAGCUACCUGCUGAUUCAGCAGUACACUGAGGCUAUGAUGGCACUAACAGCGUGUCCAGCACUGCGGGAUCAUGUAACACCACAGACACUGGCCAUGGUGGAGAACGUGAUGAGCAGCACAGGACGGGGUGGGAGGGGGCACAUGCUACUGGUACGGGUACCCUCACUGCAGCUGGCGCGACUUGCACGGGAGCGACUAGAAGAGGCACAGCAGAAACUGGGGCUGGAGCGCAGGUUUGCCGUAGUGCUGGGGGGACCAACAAAUGAGAUCAACCUCACCCCACACUUCUGCACACAACUCAGGGCAUGGAGGCAGUGUGGAACUGAGGACUGGGUUCCUGUCACCUAUGAGGAUCUGGAAGAUUUACCCUGCAUUGUCAUUCUUACUGGGAAAGAUCCUUUGGGGGAAACAUUCCCCAGGUCUCUGAAGUACUGCGACCUGCGACUGAUUGACUCCAGCUUCCUGACCCGCACAGCUCUUGAGCAGGAAGUUGGGUUGGCCUGCUCCUAUGCCACACGUGGUGUAAUUCCAGACACCAUGACAAUGGCAGACAAAGGGGAAGGGCUGAAGGAGGAAGAUGGGGAUGGGCUGGAGAGAAAUUGUGGAGGAAUAACAGAGUCUGAUGAACUGCAGUUGGACCUGGACAGACCUCCAAGCAAUGGCAGUGCGGCAACCCGAGCCAGCGGCUCCCUUGCAGAAAACGGUGUCAGCUCCUCUGUGGUUCCUGACUCCUCCCAAAAAACCUGUUCUGUCUCCUCCUCUCAGCCAGACCUGACAAAUAGCAGGGCCUCUCCUAAUCCUGUCAAGCAGGAGUGUGACUCCCAGUGUUCUGGCUCUUCAUCCUCAUCUUCUUCUUCUUCUUCAUUCUCUUCUUCGUCCCCCGGUUCCAAUCGGCCAAGCCAGUCGACUCAGACAUCUGCGGGAAGGAAAUCAGUACCCCGAGUCUUUGCCCGCACAGUAGUUCUGUCCCGUGCUGCAUAUCGGCUCCUCGCACCUGACUCUGCGGAUCAGCCCAGCUCAGCUUGGCUCCUCCCUCAUGGUGACGUAGAGUGGAUUGGUGUACUCCGCCCCCCUGUUCCACAUCAGGGUGGGGCUGCUGAACAGUCACUCUAUUACCGCCAGUGGACAAAGCCAAGGCCACAGCAUGCUGACUACAGCACUGCUGGUACCACUCACCCAAGGAGGCUCCUACUGAGUGGACCACCACAGGUCGGUAAAACGGGGGCAUAUCUGCAGUUUCUACGGAUUUUGUUUCGGAUGUUGAUCCGUCUGCUGGAGGUGGAUGUUUAUGAUGAGGCAGAGCUGGAGGAAGAUCUUGUUACUGAAGACACAAAUGCUCCCGUGUCCAGUGGUCCACCCUGGCCUGACCUGGAGGAGAUGCACAAGAUGACUUUCGACCUUAACCCUCGUGACCCCAAGUUUAAGCAGUGCAGCCUGGUGUUUUCAGGCAGGAAUCCGCCACGAUUAAAUGGAAUGAAGCAGGAAGAGUAUAAUGAAAAUGGUGAGAGGAAGAAAAAGACUGUGUCUGUCAGGCUCAGCAUGUUCGCAGCCCAUAAUGCAUUUCACCACUGUGAGCAGUGCCAUCAUUACAGCGAACCUGGCCCUGCUCGACCGCUUUCAGACUGUACAUUCCAUGCCUUUUCGUUCUGCUCAUCCAUGCUUGGUGAGGAGGUGCAGCUCCACUUCGUCAUUCCGAAGAACAAAGAGCACCACUUUGUCUUCAGCCAGCAGGGACGCCAACUUGAAAGCAUGAGACUUCCUCUGCUUUCUGAACAGGAUGGGGUAAAGAGUACAAUAUUCACGCCCACGAUGGGCCGGCAGGAUCUGGGUCUGCUAAACCUCCACCACGCUCUGGAAGGAGCAUCACAUCUACAUAUCCUGGUGGUCAAGCAGCAUGAGAUGGCAUUGUACAGGAAGUUCUGGCCCAACCACGUUCUGCUGGUGCUACCCUCUAUCUUCAACAACUCCGGAGUAGGGGCAGCUCGCUUCAUGAUUAAAGAGCUGUCAUAUCACAACUUGGAGCUGGAGAGGAACAGGCAAGAGGAGCAGGGUGUGCUGAGGCAGGAUGUCUGGCCCUUUAUUCUUAUCAUGGAUGACUCGUGUGUGCUGUGGAACACCUAUGUUCAGAACAGGGAUGGCUUAGUGGAAGUGCGCAAUGUAUCACUGAAGAGUGUGUUGUUGCACAUGGAGGCAACUCCGUCAAUCUCGCAGUAUGCCAUGUGUGGAGUCAGGAACUGGAGCAGUAAAACCUCAGCCUCAUCUGUCGUGCCAGCGUUCAGACGCUGCCAUCUUCACGACUUCAUCCUGCUCAACGUGGACCUCACGCAAAAUGUCCAGUACGACCUCAACCGCUACACAUGUGAGGAGGUGGACUUUAACCUAAGGGUGAAUAGCAGUGGGCUCUUGCUGUGUCGCUUCAAUCAUUUUAGCAUCAUGAAGAAACACAUCCCGAGCGGCGGCCACCAACACACACUCAUCAAACCCAAACUCACGGCAAUGGAGUCUCCUUCCGUGGUGUCCAGUUCACAGUUUGUGUGUGCGCCAGACAGCGUGUGUCCGAUGUUGGACGUUCCCGCUCAGCUCCUGCUUGAGAGAUUCCUGCAGUCCUGCAGCACACACCUGUUCCCUCACGCAAUACACAGCUACACACACCCGGUACUCGCCAUCGACACGUACCUCGACCUUGGCCCUCAGUUGGCAGUGUGUUACAUGAGCUCCAGGCCUCACUCUGUGAACCUGGACCACAAUGGCGUUGUCUUCAGCGGCCUGCUUCUCUAUCUGUGUGACUCCUUUGUGGUUUCUGGGUUCCUGAAGAAAUUUCGCUUCCUGCAAGGUGCGACGCUGUGUGUGAUCUCUCAGGACCGCAGCUCUCUUCGCCAGACCAUCGUGAGACUGGAGCUGGAGGACGAGUGGCAGUUCCGCCUACGAGACGAGUUCCAGACGGCUAACUGCAGCGAGGAUCGUCCACUUUACUUCCUUACGGGACGCCACAUUUAAUGAGCAUACAAAAAAAAGUUCCUCUGUUAUCACUCUAAAGCUAAACGAACCAUGGAAAUACGCAUCAUGAGAAUGCGGGACAUGUGGGGAUGGAUGGAGGGAAUCUUUGUCCUUAACUGUGAAGAUUGUCCUUGGUCGCUCUUGUUCAUGAGAAAGGACUUGUUCUGACACAAGAGGGUGCCGUAGAAGAGGACAGUAAACCGAAUUCUGUUUUGGGACCCCAUCUAUGGACCUGAUGGAAUAAAGGCUUCACCUCAGGGUUUUCUUGCUACUGCUUUUGUCUCUCUUUCCAUACAAUUUAUAGUGUGCUGCUCACCAAAGUUUUGCUAAUUUACCAAGGACAAUUCACCCCAAAGAUCCAGAAGCUUGCCUACCAAAAACUCUAAGAUGUACUGCACAGAUUUAACACAAACCUCUCCUUAUUGUCGGAUGCAAUUCUUGAUAGUUCGACACUCAUUUGCAUAUUAAGCUAAGCCAUUACAGUAGUUAACUGCUAGCUUAUGCUGAGUUGUAUUUCUGGGUCUGGAGUGAAAUAUUUUACAGUGUGUUCUUAUCAGAUGUGAUGUCUCACAUCAGCCGAUGACAGAAUGUCAACAGUUCUUUCAUCUUGACCACAAUUUAGCACAAUUAUUAUUAGUAUUAUUAUUAUAUUUUUUUGCUAAGGCAAAAAAGCUCUUUCUGCGUGCCUUCCGUCAGUCAGCACCUGAGGAAUCCAUUACUCUAAACUUGUUGAAAAAAGAAAACAGGAUGGAAGGAAAAGAAUAGUGGAACUGAUUAGCUAAUUAGCAUCGAGUGGAACUAUCUAGCUAAUUAAGAGUGAGUGGGUUGAUAGAGGAUGACUAGCUAAUCAAGAGUGAGUGGAAUCAGCUAGAUAAUUAGGAGUAAGUAAAUAUGACUAGCUAACUUAGAGCAAGUGGAGGUGACUAGUUAAUCAGGAGUGAGAGGAACUAGCUAGCUAAUCAGGAGUGAGUAGAGCUGGCUAAUCAUAGUGAGUGUUUAGCAUUAGAGAUAGCUUUUCACACCAAUCAGCAAUGUGAUAAAGCCAAACUAAACAAAUGUUACAGGUUAUUUGCUAGCUUUUCCUCUUAUCCUAGUAAUGUUUCUACUUCAAAAUUCUCCAAAGUAUCAGACGUAAAGAAUGUAGUUUGAAGCAGUGGUAAAAUAAUGAAUACAGCGUAAAUAAGCAACAGCAGUUGGGAUUGCAUCUGGUCGCUAAGCUCACAUUACCACGACAGCUUUGAGAGUCUAGAGUUGUUCCCCUCUGCUUAGAGACCUGAUCAGGUGAACUAGCUUUAAUUCACAGCAUGUGAAGGUUGUAGCAGUCUGGUCAAUAGGCAUGGACCUCAUGGACAUUUUGAAUGUUGAGAAAGUGUUUAGAAUUUAUGGAGUACUGAUAUUAAUAUAUAUUGAAUCUUUGUUGCCUUCCGGACUCAUCCGUGUGAAUAAGAGUCUUUUCUACUCUAAGGCACAAAGAACCUACCUAAGAACCUUCUCACCAGCAUUUUUUAAAAAUAUAUAUUAUUAUUAUUUCAAAUAAACCAGGUCCCAUUUUUGCGGGAUUGAUAUUUAUUUGUAGCGAUGAUUAGCAUGACCGCUAAUGUCAAAGGGAGCGCGAUCCUUAAAUCUAUCACCUAAAGUUUUUGCACACGUCCACAGUAUAUUGAAUGUCGAAAAGCAAAGGAUGUGAAGUUGCACUAUACACGUGGCUGAGGGCCAAAUAUUAAUUUUCUUUUUCCAUAGCCAGCUGGUUUAAACCAGUUGUCUCACUUUGAAUUAAAUGUAUUCAGACCAGUAUUGAUUUUGAUGAAGACCUCUUUUUUUUAAGAUCUUGUAUUGUGACCCCUAGAAUGUGUUUUAUUUUGUACAUAAAACUUGACGUGCACAUAAGUUAUGCAAUUUGCUUUUCACAAUCUUUUUUUUUUUUUUUUCCUGCUGUGCGCAUGUGAAGCUGUUACACACCAAACUGUAUAUGAAUGUUUAAUCAUCUGUGCUCUACCUCAGGAUCUGCCAGUUUGGUUGUGGAUUUGAUAAUGUGACUUAGAAAUGAAAUGUUUUUGUCAUUGUUGCUGGAAUUGAUGAAUGUAAUA